CGGCUAUGACAACGAAGAGCAAUAUUCUAUGCGCGGCCGUGAGUACUGUUCGCUUGGUAUGACGCCGUGCAGUCAACUUAAUGCACGACGUACUACCUUCUGAGGCACGAGGUGUCAAAAUUAGAGUUUCACACACUGUAGAGCUUGAUGUUGCGCAUUCCUUUUGCUAAAAGGAGUCUGAACUCGGUACGUGUCAACGCGGUCACCAGCAUGACGCUGAUUUCCCAGUGAGCUUGGCACGGCCGUCGGAUACAUUCAUCCGCUUCGGCCUUCUUGUCAAGCAUCGUGCAAACCAUUUCAGGAAUAGGAGACGGUCCUUCGUUACUACAUCAACGGCGGGCCGAAGUACAGUAUGUUUUACGCGAUGGUAUAAUAGACUUGGGGAGGGCCGGACCAGCACCCACCAUCCUGGACGAUCUAUAGCCAGGUCUUGUACGCAUGCAUGCGGUUGGUAGGGCAGAAACCAGUCCUGUGGAUGUGGACAUGCGGCAUCGUGUGCUGCGGUAGGUACGGGCCUCAUGGUUGAUAGGGUUCUACAGCCCCGCGAACGUAACGUAAUGGCUACUCCCUCUGGCUUACUUCUUCGUCCUGGAUACCUUUUUUCGCAGGGCUCAACGCGUCUUCGCUCUCGAUUUGGCCUGAUGAUCAACGCAGGAGGACUUCGCGGGCGCAUGCUGAUCAGCCUGCCUCUGUUACGGGAAUCGUGCAGGCUGCCACUACCCGUUCGGCUUCCAUGGACAGCUCCUCGACUCUUGGCGCGCCCCAAAAAUCUGCAAAGAAAAAACUCUCAAAAUUUGCCGCCCGGCAGCGAGCUAAGGCUACCGCGACGCCUUCAGAUUCUGAUCCGGCCAUACCCACUGUCCCGCUCAGCACUGACCCGGCCAUGCAGGACGAGUCUCUCAGCCCCAGUGAUAUUCAACGUGCAGCCAUCCUUGCCAACAUCACGGGGCGACCAUAUGACGACAUUAAGUUUUUCGCCUUCUCGCGCCGGACACAGAACGGGACCGUCGAUAUCCCCCUUUCCCUUGUCGCCAACAGCAGGCUCGUACUCAAGGCUGCCCCUCAUUUUGGUCUCGUCUUUGGGGCCGGCUUUGCUGAGAGCGAAGUAUCCGACAUGGAUGCUGCCUACCCCUCCUCUCGUCCAGCGGCCACAGAGUCUUACGGCUACUGGUCUGAUAGUGACCUCGAGGACGAGGGAGAAGAUUUCACGGAAGAUCUGUCUGGCCAGAGCGUUGUGGAUGCCAGUAGUACUAGCGUGCAGGAUCGCAAGAUGUCUGAGAGCGAACCGAAGGGGAAAGAUAGGGAGGAAAGCGCCAGCACGGCCGAGCCAGCGCGCCAGCUGGACUCGGGACAACUUCCAUCGGAGUCCAAGAAAGCAAUUGUGAGACCGGGGCGUGUUGUUCACUUGGAUGAUGUGGCAUACACCACCUGGAAGGGAUUCAUCUUCUUUGCAUACUUCGGAGAGCUCAAUUUCGCGCCUCUCAAAUCUCAGCCAGGAAGUCUUAGAAUGGAGCCGGCAUCCCACGCUGCGCCUUUAUGCUCUCCGAAAUCAAUGUAUCGCAUUGCACAUAAGUACGACAUCUCGUCGCUGAGGGAAAAGGCUGUCGCAGAUAUCAAGGCCAAGCUCUCCCCCUCCAAUAUCCUCGAAGAGAUAUUCACGACCUUCACUUCGCUUUAUCCUGAAGUUCGAGAUGUAGAGAUCGAAUAUCUGCACUCGAACAUAACGGACAGAGGGAUCCAAGCGCGACUGCCAAUAUGGCUGACAAUGUUAGGGAAAAACGAGCUCCCCAGUGGUGCAUCCGACAUCAUUGCUUCCCUUAUCUCCAAGCUCAGUGUAAGUCCGGAACCUGUGAAGUGCCCUUACGGCUGUUACGGUACUGUCAGGAAGUACUGUAACAGCGGUCAUUACUUCUAAAUUGAGAAUUGAUGGCUUCAUUAUAUAUCAUGGC